UUAGAAACCAGUUAACAAGUAACAUGGAGGCAAAUAAAAUUUGCACAUUUUUUAUGUUGAUAUUUUUAAUACAGAUAUCUGUGACAUAUACUAAACCCGUAAAAGAUACCUAUCAAUUCUAUGAUACUUCUGAAGAAGAUAGAAAUACUAGAACAAAUCCAACAACUAAACAAAAACUUUUACUCUUUACAUAUGAUAAUUUCAUAUCAUUGGGCCUACAGUAUGCUAACAAUGCCGAUGUAGUAAGUAAUCGUAUUUUGAAUGAUGAAUCCCUGUCGGGCAAUACUAAUGCCGAAAUUUUAGAGUUCAAAACUAAACUAAAAGAGUUUGUGGAAAAAUAUGAAUCAAGUAGAAAUUUUCGCAUGGUGUGGAAUAUAAUUGCUAUGUAUACAGAUGCCGUUGAUAAGUAUUUUCAUAUUGCUGAGGAUAAGAUCACUCCUGAAAACAAUUAUAUCUUGGAACUUCUAAAGAAACACAAAGGCAGUGAUGUAGCCACUAGAUUCUUAGCUGAGUUUAAGAAAUUUGAGAAUAAUUUUGUUAGUAUGUUCGAGGAGCAUAAGGAGCACUUGGAGAAGCCCAUGUUGGAUUGGUAUGAAAAGUUUAAAACUUUUAAUAAUACUGAGAAAAAAAUUGACGCUUUUAGCGGAUUUUUUGAAUUGUUCAAGAAGGAGAUGUAAUAUAAUUUUUUUAAUAAAUUUGAUUUAAUUAAA